AAUUCGAAUGAUAUUUGGCUUCUCAGAUCUGUCCUGAAAUAAGACCCCUUGAACCUUGUUGUCUCACAAUGGAACCUAAAGAAGCUUCUCUUUCAUCAGAGAAACACGACUUACAAAAAUCAACGACCUGUGAACCUCCGAAAGAAGUUUCAGAAGAUACAGUUUCCCUUGAACAUUUCCUUAUUGGUCGAAGUAGACAGAGACGACAACGAACCACUUUCACCCCCUACCAGAUCACCGCCCUGGAGGACCUGUUCUCCAGGACCCACUAUCCAGACAUCUUUGUUAGAGAAGAACUGGCUCUCCAAAUCAACCUGUGUGAGGCUAGGAUUCAGGUUUGGUUUCAAAAUCGAAGAGCAAAGUGGCGGAAGGAGGUCAGAUCUUCUGGAUUAGAUUCCUCCAUUCGUCUUCGGAAUAUGAUGCAGCAAAUUCAGAAUCAAGUUCAACCUUUUCAACCACCGAUGAAAAGAGGAAUUCCCCAAAUAUCAAAUGGUAUCUUCAGUUAUCCGUUUAUGCCUCCAAACAAGAUGGAUGUUCUGUCUCCUCAUCAGCAGACGACAUCGUGUCACCAAGAGGAACAAACAGUACAGCAGAAGGCUGUGCAUUUACUUCCGGGGUUUCGAUCUCAUUACGGCGCACUGUGCAACUGUUUACACCAUUCCAUCUCUCUGUCCACGGAUCCCAAUGCGCAUGCAUUUUCGUUGAAGCCAUUGCCAUUGAUGAUGAAGAACCAAAUCAACAUCGGAAAUACUCUGGAAAACAUUUUAGAAUGUCCAAGUAGAGAGAAAAACUGAGAGCUCAUGAGGCGAUAACUCCUCUUGUGCUUAACCGUACUUUCGUAAUUUAACCCUUUUUUCAAACAUUGAUUCCGAAUCUGUUUAUUGUCUAUUUGUUUAAAUAGCUUUUUCAUUUAUGUAAUUACAAGUUUCUUCGUCCUUAUAUUAAAUGGUUUGUAUGUUGAAAUAAUAUAACAUGUAUUGUACAUGUAAAUUGAUAUUGUUUAAAUUUACAAUAAACUAUA